AUGGCUUCAUCUGAUGUUGCGCGACAGCCGGAUAACAGAGUCCGUCCCCUGUCCCUGGCAGGACAUGUGGGCUUUGACAGCCUCCCAGACCAGCUUGUCAACAAGUCCAUCUGCCAGGGCUUCUGCUUCAAUAUUCUCUGCAUCGGUGAAACCGGAAUCGGCAAGUCGACUCUGAUGGACACGCUGUUCAAUACCAACUUUGAGAACUUUGAGUCGUCCCACUUUGAGCCUCAAGUGAAACUGCGCGCCCAAACCUAUGACCUGCAGGAGAGCAACGUCCGGCUGCGCCUCACCGUGGUCAACACGGUGGGCUUCGGAGACCAAAUGAACAAACAAGAGAGCUACCAGCCAGUGGUGGACUACAUCGACAGGCAGUUUGAGAGUUAUCUACAGGAAGAGCUAAAAAUCAAACGCUCUCUCCACAACUACCACGACUCGCGGGUCCACGCCUGCCUGUACUUCAUCUCCCCCUCGGGUCAUUCACUCAAAUCCCUGGACCUGGUCACAAUGAAGAAACUAGACAGCAAGGUGAACAUUAUCCCGGUCAUCGCCAAAGCUGACACCAUCAGCAAGAGCGAGCUGCACAAGUUCAAGAUCAAAAUCAUGAGCGAGCUGGUCAGCAACGGGGUCCAGAUCUACCAGUUCCCCCUGGACGACGAGACCGUGGCCAAGGUCAACACCACCAUGAACGGCCAUUUGCCGUUCGCUGUGGUGGGCAGCACAGAGGAAGUGUCUGUGGGCAACAAGAUGGUGAAGGCUCGUCAGUACCCCUGGGGUGUGGUUCAAGUGGAGAACGAGAGUCACUGCGACUUUGUGAAGCUGAGGGAGAUGCUGAUCUGUGUAAACAUGGAGGACCUGAGGGAGCAGACGCACACACGCCACUACGAGCUGUACAGGCGCUGCAAGCUGGAGGAAAUGGGAUUCAAAGACACGGGUCCCGAGUGCAAACCCGUCAGCUUGCAGCAGACUUAUGAGGCCAAGCGACAGGAGUUCCUGGUGGAGCUGCAGAAGAGGGAGGACGAGAUGAGGCAGAUGUUUGUGCAGAGGGUGAAGGAGAAGGAGUCUGAGCUGAAGGAGGCUGAGCGAGAGCUGCAGAGUCGUUUUGAGCAGCUGAAGCGCCUCCAUGCAGAUGAGAAAUCGGCUCUGGAGGAAAAGAAGAGACUCCUGGACGACGACCAGAGCUCCUUCGGCAAGAGAAGAGCUGCCGCCCAGCUGCUGCAGGCGCAGAGCCUCACCGCCAACGGCAAGAAGGACAAAGACCGCAAGAAUUCUGGCUUCAUGUGAAGACGCUCGGAUCUGCAGGACGCUCCAGUAUGACCAGUAGAACCAGCGGCCUUGCGGGCCGCUUCCUUCCCAUUCCUUUGUGGCCAGUCUCAAACACUAACCAGAAAAACACCCACACAAACCAGCAGUGUGAGUUUGUGCCAAAGUUUUUGUGUGUGGGCGAUCUUCUUUGUGGCUUUUAUAUCUUUUGUGUAAUAUUUUAUAUUAGUCCUUCCAUUUUUAUACAAAACCUGUAUUUCCUAUUUUAUUUUUAAAAUUCUGGGCUAUUGGACACCGUGUUGAACCUCUCUAGAUGCUGCAACAUUAUAUUGAAAGGGAAAUCUGCCGGCCACUCAAUGUGUUCUAAUGCUGCCUUUUACUAAUGAGAAAAAAAAACAUCUUUGAUACGCUUGUAAUUUAUCAUAAAGGCCCAUGCACUCCAAUAGGGGAUUUACAUUUUGGUCUAUUUGUCGUCAGAGGCAAGUGGCUCAUUAAUAAAACCAGAUAAACAAUUGCUUUAAUCUUUUCUUCAACGUGGCAGUUUCCCGCGGUGAGGAGAAAUAGUGUGAGAACCGAUGCUCUCCGUGCAAUAGUCCUGUCAUGCUUAAAUGGAGACGUUCCAGAGUAAUUACUCCACAGAGACCUUUGAUAUUUAACAGAUGUGUAGCUACAUCCAGCAAUGCAACGCAUCUCAUGUCUGCAAAGGGCUGAACUGAUCCUUCCUAGAGGUCGACUUGCUGCAUUCACCAUUAAGAGUCGUGGUAAUCAUGGUCCUUUUUCUGUAUUAUGUCUGAUUUUCUCAUCGCUUUACACUACGAGCAUAUCAGCGUCACAAAGAGCAGCCUAAAUGUUCCAAAGGGACGUCUCUUGUCCACUUUUCCAGCAUGUUGGAGCUGCUUGGUUUGGGAUUAGGUGUAAGGUAGCAGCAUAUAUUUAUAUACAUUGUUUCUUUUUUCCUACUGACGCAAGCUGUUCCUAGUUGGCUAUGCAGCCUGCGUGAGAAGAGAUGACUCGUGGGACGUCAACGUUUGUCGAGUGUGCGGGAACAGAGAGGAGAUGCCGUUUGUGUUUAUUUCUUUUACAUGAUUUCUCUAUUCACGUGUGUCUGGAAUCGUGUUGACACAGUUCUUCCCACCUCGAAGCAUUAAACCGUACAAAGUAGACCGCAGCAAUAAUGCAUGAUUAAGAAGUCAUCAUUUACUGCCACUUUAUACUUUACACCAGUGCCCCAUGUGUUGGCGCCUGGUGAUCUGGAAUCGAACUAGCCACCUAACUAGUUCAUCCAGGGACACGCAGCGAUGCUUCAUGGAGUAAAGCUUGUCAAAGUUACAUCUGUACUACACUUGUAUUUAAGGAAUUAACAGUGUUAUUUCUCCUUUUUAAAUAAAUCUUUGUAUUUUUAUCCUGAUAAA